CCUCCUCCUCUUCGCCCCGCCGAACGCCGCCUCCACGCCGCCGCACCUCCUGUUUGCCGCUCCUCCGCCGGCCAACUCUAGAUCCGCCGCUCGCCCAGCCCCGCUCGGCUCCGGUGAGGCAAGCAUGCAGCUGCCGGAGAUUCUCGUCCAGGAGGUGCUCCUCCGCUUGCCACCGGCGGAGCCCGCGAGCUUUCUCCGCGCCGCCGCCGUCUGCAAGCGCUGGCGCCAUCUCAUCUUCGCCCGCAGCUUCGUCCUCCGAUUACACGAGUUCCACCGCAUCGAUUCCCCAUUCGCUUGGGCGAGAGGGGAGGAGAUGGAGGAGGGGGAGGAGGCGGCGGCGGCGGUGACGACACCGCCCACACUGCGUAGGAGCCAGAGGCACGCUCAGAUGAGCCCGGCGACGACACCGGCCCCCGUGCACAGGUCGGCUCGGAAGGCCGUGGAGAUGACACCACCCACCUUGCGCAGGAGCCAGAGGCUCUCGGCUCGCAAGGACGCAGCCACACUGCCCCCGACCCCGGCGACGCUCCCAUCGCUGCAGGAGGCGGCUGAGUCUGGCCCGCGCCGCUCAGUUUCUAGGACAAGCAAGUUGAUCUCAAAGUACAAGAAACAGAUUGAGGAGCCAACCAAAUGCACCAUGAAGUCUGAUGAGUAUUCCAUGGCGAGCUUUUCAGUACACUAUGUUAAUUUGGAGCUUGUCAGACUUAAGAAAGAGCUUCAUCAAAAGAGUGCUGAAGUGGACAGGCUUGAUAAAGCCCUUGGUAGAGAGAGUGAUCAACGAAGAAAUGUUUCUCUGAGAUAUGAAAAUGAUAAGAAAUUGUGGGCUGCUGCCAUAUCUAACAUGGAAAAGAAAAUAAAGGCCAUGAAAGAAAAGCAGACAUUGUUAUCUCUUGAAGCACAUGAAUGUGCAAAUGCAAUUCCUGAUUUGAGCAAGAUGAUUGGAGCAGUUCAGGCCCUAGUUGCACAGUGCGAAGAUUUAAAAUGGAAAUACUGUGAAGAGAUGGACAAGAGGAAGAAACUUCAUAACAUUCUUCUUGAUACAAAAGUGAAUUUUGAUGUAGCCAAUGAUGGGGACAUCUCAAUUACAAACACUGGAACAGCUAAAAAGACAUUCAAGUUUGAUAGAGUGUUCACGCCAAAACAUGACCAAGAUGAUGUGUAUGCCGACGUGUCUCCACUGGUCACCUCGGUCUUAGAUGGCUACAAUCUAUGCAUUUUUGCUUAUGGGCAGACCGGAACGGGAAAGACCUUUACCAUGGAAGGAACUGAGAGCAAUAGGGGGGUCAAUUACAGAGCUAUGGAAGAGCUGUUCAAGAUUGCAGAAGCAAGAAAAGAAAGUGUGACAUACAACUUCUCAGUAAACAUUCUUGAGGUCUACAAUGAACAGAUCAGAGACCUUUCCACGUCUCCACCUAAGAAGCUGGAGAUAAAGGAGGACCAGGAAGGAGCUACUUUUGUGGCUGGAUUAGUGGAGGCCAAAGUCAAUAAUAUAAAGGAGGUUUGGGAUUUUUUGCAAGCUGGAAGUAACGCAAGGACUGUCGGUUCAAACAAUGUUAAUGAGCACAGCAGCCGCUCGCACUGUAUGCAAUGCAUCAUGGUUCGGGCUAAGAACCUAGUGAAUGGAGAAUGUACAAGUAGUAAGCUUUGUCUUGUAGAUUUGGCUGGUAGUGAGCGUUUGGCGAAGACUAAUGUGCAAGGUGAAAGGCUUAAGGAGGCACAAAAUAUUAACAAAUCCCUUGCUGCAUUGGGCGAUGUCAUUUCAGCUCUUUCUAUGAAAAAUAGCCAUAUACCCUACAGAAAUUCUAAGUUGACACAUUUGCUGCAAGAUUCUCUAGGAGGAGAUUCAAAGGUGUUAAUGUUAGUGCAAAUUAGCCCAUCAGAUAAUGAUGUUUCAGAAACUGUGAGUUCAUUAAAGUUCGCUAGCCGUGUGUGUCGUAUCGAAUUGGGGCUAGCAAAGAAGCAGGUUGAUACUGCUGAAUUUCAAAAGACCAAACAGAUGGUAAAAGAGCUUGAAAUUAAAUUGGAGAAACAGCAUCAUCAGCUUUCUGGAAAACUAAAGGAGAAAGAAGAAAUGUGUGCUGACCUUGAGCAGAAGGUUACGGAGUUAAAGUGCAAACUGAAGAGACAGCAAUCGGACUCUGAGGUUGCAGUUCUUAAUAGAACGGUAAGGGAACUAGAUCAUGAACCAUUGGAAACACAGAGAAUGGAGGCAACACUCCAGCUACAGGAACUCGAAAGCAACACCAAAGUGCAUGUCUGCAGGAAGAGGAAGGCAACGGAGCCCCCGGUGAAGAACCUGGGAAGGUCAACGGCGGCGUCGAGGGCCACUGCUGCCGCUACGCGCACUGCUGCCGCUACGCGCACGGCAGCUCCUGAUUCCACAGCACCACCACCCAGGAAGCAGCCGGGCGGGAACAAGACCAAAGCAUGGGUUAAGUAGACGAUGAAUGGUGCUUCUGUUGCUUUGGGCGUCACAAGAUUGCUUGCCAGUGACAGUCCGGAUGCAUCAUCUUUUGCCUUGGGAGGAUCAACUUUUUGCUGAGCCCUGCUGCAUUCGUUGCAGUGAAUGUAACCACACUGGCUGCCAAUGAACAACACAUUACUGUUGUUUCUAGAGUCGGAUUGGUAGAAUUAGGCGAACACCUCACUUUUUUUUUCUGGUGCGAGUGUUCUUGGUGUGCUGUUGAAUUGAUGUAACCAAUUCUCUAAUGCACUGAGCGUCUGUCACUCUUCUCUAAUAUUCUCUAAUGCACUAGGCAUCUGUCACUCUUCUCUAA